AUGCAAUAAUCAAUGAAUCAGAGCUUUAGAUCCCCUUAAAGAAAAUUGGAUGGUAUUUUGAUAUUGAUAUAACUCAAGGGCCAAUAGUUAAAUUAAGAAUGAGAAAAAUACUUGAUAUAAGUAAAAUAAGGAAAGAGGAAGAAUAAUUUUAAUGCAUGUUGGAUUCUUAUGAGCCUGAUUAAAGGUAUCAUCAAAAUUUAUAGAAGUGUUUCUUUUCAGGACAGAACCUUUUAUAAUAGAACUUUCAGACAUACUUCCAGAAGCUUAAAAAAGGCAGAGGAUAAAAAGAUAUCUGAAGAAUACACUUUAUAUGGAUUCUCUAGAAUCAAAACAGAGAGGACACCUCUGAUAUUGAUAAGUAGAAAAUCAAAAAGAAUUUAACCUAUAAUUGAUGAAGAUAAGGAUAUAAGUAAUUAAGAGUGGUUUGAGAAAUGUAAAUAAAUGGACCCACCUUAAGCCAAAGCAUAAUUUUAUGAUAAAGUUACUAAGUAAAAAUAAUCUAAAAAACAAGUUCAUAUAUAUGGUAUGAUGUUACUGUGUUAGACUACAUAUAAGAGACAAAGAAAUUCUCUGUUUAAAAAUACCCAGAAGGAUAGACAAAGAAUGUUACUAGAUUAUCUAUUCAGUUUUAUAAUUAAAAUUAAGAUCUUUUUAAAUAAGCCAUAAAAGAAAAGUAUAUAAAAAUAUAAUUAUAGAGAUCAAAUUCGAUCUUAAAAGAAAAUUGAGUUGAAGAAGAUUCAAGAUAUAAUAAAUGUUAAUGAUGUAGAUGUUAAUAAACUUCCUUAACAUUUGAGAUUCAAAUUCAUUAAAAAAUUUUAAUAAAAUGAUCGUUAAGGAUUAUUAUCAAAACUUAUAGAUGAAGUAAAUUAAAUUUAUACAUUUGAUAUGAAAAAAUGUGUAUUUUAUAAAGAAUUGUAGAAAUACAAAUAAGCAUAUAGUCCAUUAACAAAAUAUUAAUUUUACAAUAAGUAUUAGUAAUAAAUUGAAAAUAACUAAUCUUUUAUGCAAUAAAAUACAAUAUAAGUUGAGUAAGUGAUGAAUUCACGUUGUAAAAAGUUUAAUUUAUAGAUAAUCGAUUUAAAUUAGUUAAAAUUGCCAAUUAUAAAUACAACUUUCUUGGAAUAUUGUUAAAAUAAUAUAAAAAGUUAUAUAUAAUAAAUCAAUUUGCAAAGAAAAUAUAAAAAAUCUGAAAUUUAAGAUGUCUUAUAAAAAAAAUAUAGUUUUUUAGGUAAAGAUUAAAAGGCUCAUUAAUAAAGUCCAUUACAUAGAAUUUUAAGAAAGCUUGAUUUAAUUUAUGCAGAUUUUCUAAAACAUUUAUUAUAGAUUAACACAGAAGCUAUUUUCAAUAUUUAUUAAUAAUUCAUACUUUAACCUAAUGAUAUCUUUUAUAUAAAUACAUAAUCAUUUUUAGUAUUAGAAUUACAUGUAAAAGUAUUAAAACAAACAAAAACAAAAAAAUAAUUAAUAAAAUAAAUGGAAAGAUUGACCAAAUAAUCUAUAAGAGAGAAAGAAUAAGAUAUUUAAAAAGAGGAAAUAGAAUAUGAUGAAAAAAUUACUAUAAAUUUAUCAGAAUAUGAAGUAAUUGAACUCUUAACAUUUCCUUAAUUUUAAUUAAUAGAAUAAGUGAGUAGAAUCAAUAGAAUGGAAGGUGAUAUUAUGACUUUGUUAUUAUUGAAAAAUGAAUUAGUAUUAACACAAACUGAUGUUGAAUAUUAGAAAUUGUAAAUUAAUCCAACAAUAGAGAUAAUAAAGAGUGAGUAUCAAAAAUGUGAAUAAAUACUUACUAAAUUUAAAAAAUUUGAAUUUAUUUUAAAGAGAUUCAGAUCUACUGAAGUAAAUUAAUUAUUAGGGAUAUCAACUAAAAGAGUUCCACUAUCUUAAUUAAAUUUUGAUGAUGUAGAUGAAAAAAUUAAAUGUUUAGAAUAAGCAAAAAAUGAAAUUAUUAAAAUUACUUCUGAUUCAAUUAAGCUUGGAUUAUUCACUUUAUAAUUAAAAGGAAUAAAAGAAUUCUUAAUAAAUAAAGCUGAAGAAUAAUAAAAAAUGAUUAUGAAUAGGAUCCAUGAAGUUAUAUUAUUCAAUAUAAAAAAUAUAGGAGAAUAAUAUGAAGAAGUAUAUAAAAAAGGAUCACAUAUUCCAGAUACAGAAUAAGAAUUGAUAGAUUUAAAAUUAAUGCUUGAUGAAAUAAAUGUUUAAUUUGGAAAAUUACGUUUUGAAAUUAGUUAAAUGUAAAAUUUAAUAUUUAAUUAUUUAGAAUGAAAUAUGUAAAUAUUUUUGAAGAAAACUACUUUGAUUUCGAUAACAAAAUUAUUGAAUCAUAUUAUCAUCUUUUAUAUAAACCUAAGGAUAUUACUCAAAUAAUACAUAAAAACAAAGAUGUUAUUUCUAUAAAGGAGAAAGAAUUCUUGAAACGUUUAAAAUAGGAUGAGUAUGAUUUUAAAGAAACUAUGUAUCAGAUAGCUGAACUCUUUAAUUAAAUUAAACAAUUUAAUGAUUAUAGUUAAAUUAAGACUUAUCUUCCUUAAGUUAAUCAAUUAAAUAAGUCAUUCAAUUAUGCUAAGGAGUAAAUCAGCAGUUUUAAUAUACGAUAAUAAAUGCUAUCAAUGCAAUUAACUAAUUAGGCUGAACUAGACAAUAUAAUAUAUUAAUUCAAACCUUAUGAAAAAUUGUGGACUUUAGUGGUAUACAUCUCCAGCAUAUGCAUUAGAGCAAAUUCGAGUCCCAAAAAGAAAAGUGGAUUAGCGGAUCUUUCAAGUCAUUGAACUAUUAGGAUAUGAUUUGGAAGAUAAAUUAGUUUGCAAGUGAGAUAGGAUCCAUGAGUGCUAAUUUUGAAGAGGAGAAUGAAAAUUUGAUAAAUUUAUUAAAAGGGUUUAGAAAAGCUUUGGAUUCUUUUAAGGAUAUAUUAUGGGUAGUUGAGGCUUUAGCUAUUGAGGCAUUUACAAAAAAACCUUAAUUUUGGAGAGAAUUAUUUAGAGAAUGCAAAAUUAGUAAUUUUGAUCCAAAAGAAGAUUUUCCAUUUUUUGUUUUAUUGAAUAGAGGGAUUUUAAAUUAUAAAGAAUAAGUAAUUUAAAUUUCAAUCAGAGCAGAAAAAGGAUGGAAUAUUGAAAAAAGAUUAUAAGAGAUGCAUGAUAAAUUAAGUUAAAUUUUAUUAGAAGUAAUUGCUUAUAGAGAAACAUUUAUAUUUAAAAAUUUAGAUGAAAUAUAAGUAAUUUUGGAUGAAUAAUUCAGUGUAUUGACAAUACUAAAAGCAUAACCACAUAUUAAAUUAUCAGUUGGAUAAGCUAAUCAAUUAGAAUAUAAAAUAGUAUUGAUAUAAGAAACUUUAGAUUUUGGUAUGAAAUGUCAAAAAUAAUGGAUGUAUUUAGAUCCUAUCUUUUCAAGUGAAGAUAUAUAAACAAAAUUAGUAGAAGAAACAAAAAACUUUAAAUUAGUUGAUUAAGCUUUUAGAAAUUGCAUGAAAGAAUUUAAGAAAGAACCUAUAUUAUGGGAAUGUGUUGAAGAUGAUAAAAUGAAAGUUGAUUUUAGUAAUGGAGUAUUGUUAUUAGAUUAAAUUUAAAAGAGUUUAACUAUAUAUUUAGAAUAGAAAAGAAUAGUAUUCCCAAGAUUUUAUUUUGUUUCAGAUGAAGAAUUAGUUUAAAUACUAUCUUAGACUAAAGAUCCAACUUAAAUAUAAAAUCAUAUUUAUAAAUGUUUUGAAGCUAUGCAUAAAUUAUAAUUCUCUGUUACUAAUGCAAUUACUGGAUUUCAAUCUACUUAAGAAGAGAAGAUUAAAUUACUCUAAGAUGUUAAAGUUAUGGAAGGUUCAAGGAAAGGAAAUGUUGAAUUAUGGUUAUUAGAUUUAUAAAAUGAAAUGAGAAUAGCUAUCAAACAUUAUUCUUAUUAAACUUUGAUUGAUUUGAUAUCAACUAAAUAGGAAUAUAUUGCUAAAUGGCCUGCUUAAUGCAUUUUAUUGGCAAAUUAUAUAAGAUGGACUCGUAAUACUGAAUCAGCUAUAAGAGGAUAACAGAAAUUAAAUUUGGCAACAUUUUGUGAAUAAUUAAAUUAAGAAUUGCAUGAAACAGUUCAAUUAGUAAGAAAAGAAAAUAGAAUAAUUCCUAAAACUAUUUUAGAAGCCAUGGUUGUUAUGGAAGUACACGCUAAAGAUAUAGUAUAAUCUUUAUAUAAAUAAAAUGUAUAAACUAUUUUUGAAUUUGCUUGGAUUUCAUAAUUAAGAUAUUAUAAUGAAGAAAAUAAAAAUGUUUCAGCUAAAAUGAUAAAUGUCUCUGUUUAGUAUGGAUUUGAAUAUUUAGGAAAGGUUACAAGAUUAGUGAUGACAUCAUUAACAGAUAGAUGUUAAAGGACUUUAUUGGAGGCUUUGCAUAUGAAUUAUGGUGGAGCUCCAGAAGGACCAGCAGGUACAGGUAAAUCAGAAACUGUUAAAGAUUUAGCUAAAGCAGUUGGAAUGCCUUGUAUUGUAUUUAAUUGUUCAGAUGGUCUGAAUUAUAUUGCUAUGGGUAAAUUCUUUAAAGGUUUAGCUUCUUCUGGAUCAUGGUGUUGUUUUGAUGAAUUUAAUCGUAUUGAUGCUGAGGUUUUAUCUGUUGUUGCUUAAUAAAUUUAUACUAUCUAAAAAGCAAUUAAAGAAGAGAAAACCAAUUUUAUUUUUGAAGGCGAAAAUGUUUAAUUAAUUAGAACUUGUGCAAUAAAUGUUACUAUGAAUCCUGGAUAUGCUGGUAGAACUGAAUUACCAGAUAAUUUAAAAAUUCUAUUUCGACCUUGUGCGAUGAUGGUACCUGAUUAUGCAAUGAUAGCAGAAAUCUAUUUAUAUAGUAUUGGUUUUCAAAAAGCAAGAGAAUUAAGUAGUAAAAUAGUUACUUGUUUAAAAUUAUGCAAUGAAUAAUUAUCUAGUUAGGAACAUUAUGAUUUUGGUAUGAGAACCUUAAAAGCUGUAUUAAAUUCUGCAAAAUCUAUGUAUAAUGAAACUGAAGAAGAAAUUUGUUUAAAUGCUUUGAUAAAUGUUAAUAAACCAAAAUUUACAGACAGUGAUCUUUUAUUAUUUUUGGCUAUUACUUAAGAUCUAUUUCCAGGGAUUUAAUUAGUAGAAAUAGAAGAAUUAUCAAAUUUAUAUGAUGGAUGUUAGGAAUUAGAUUUAUAAAUGGAUAAAGAAUUCUUUGAAAAAUGCAUUUAAUUAAAUAAUAAUAUAAAUGUUAGAAAUGGAGUUAUGUGUAUAGGUUAAGCUUGUGCAGGUAAAAGUUCAGUACUUUAAACUCUUUGUAAAAGUCAAGAUGCCCUUAUUUUAAAAUUAAAUCCAAAAGCUAUAACAAGUGAUUAAUUAUAUGGAAGAUUAGACCCAGAAACUAAAUAGUGGGCAGAUGGAGUUGCACCAAUAUUAAUUAGGGAUAAUAUUGAUAGAAAUUAGAAAGUUUGGAUAAUGUUUGAUGGUCCUGUUGAUUCUAUAUGGAUUGAAAAUUUGAAUACAGUUUUGGAUGAUAAUAAAAAGUUAUGUUUGACAUCAGGUGAAAUAUUAAAAAUACCAGAUACAAUGUGUAUGCUUUUUGAAAUAGAAGAUUUAAAAGCUGCGUCUCCAGCAACAGUAUCAAGAUGUGGGAUGGUAUAUUUCUUACCUAUAAAUUGGUAUCUAAUUGUUCAAUCAAUUUAAUUACCAAAAGGAUUUGAUAAGGAUUAUACAAUUAGAAGAAUAAGAUUGUAAGAUAUUAUUAAUAUUUUAUAUAGUUUUUUAGAUAACACAAUAGCUUGGGUUAAGACUGAACAUCAUGUUUUUAUAAUUUAUGAUUCUAUUAAUAUAUUAACAUGUAGUUUUCUUAAGUUGUUAACAAAGUACUUAACUGAAGAUUUGGCUACAAAAAAUAAUGAUAAUUUAAUCAUAUUUUGUUUAAUUUGGUCAUUUGGAGCAUCUAUGGAUGAAUAAGUUAGACCUAAAUUUAAUUAAUUUUUGAAUAACUUAAUAGAAACUAAGGUAUCUAAUUUACAAACUUAAUUUCCAGCUGAUUCAUAAUUGGAAUUAUAGGUAGAAAUAUUAGAUGAUUAUUUUUCAUACUGUUUUAUUGAAGGGAAAUGGAUUAAAUGGAUUGAUGUAUUUAAAUUUAUAUUAUUUAUAGACAUAAGCCCCUUAAAAAAUAUCAGGUUCAAUGUAAUUUCAUGAAAUUUUUGCAUAAACAGCAGAUACAAUUAGAAAUGAUUACUUCUGUUAAAUAGGAUUGCAUUUUUUAUUUGCAGGUCCUACUGGAACUGGUAAAUCUUUAUCUAUGAAUAAAUAUCAAUAAUUUUUAAUAACAUGUUCAGGAUAAACUACUGCUAAUAGAUUAUAAAGGUUAAUAGAAACUAAAAUUAAUAAGAGAAGAAAGAAAGGUCAUUUUUAUGCAGAGGAAGGAUAAAUCUAAAUAUUUGUAGAUGAUUUAAAUAUGCCCUAUAGAGAACCUGAAGGAUCUGUUCCAGCAGUAGAAUUAUUAAGGUAAUGGAUGGAAAUGAAUGGAUGGUAUGAUUUAGAUACUAAAGAAUUCAAAUAUAUUUGUGAUAUAACAUUUUUAGGAGCCAUACAUCCUGCAGAAAGAAAUUAAAUUACUUUGAGAUAUUUAAGAUUUUUUAAUCUUUUAUAUAUUGGUGGUUUUAAUCAUCAAAGUUUAACAACUAUGUUAAAUGUUUUUGGUGAAUGGCUAAUAAUGAAUUAAGUGGAAGAAAUAAGAGACUUAAAAAACUAAUUAGUUGAGCAAACUAUAAAUUUGUAUUCAAGUGUUUAGAAUCUGUUAUUACCAACUCCAUAGAAAUCACAUUAUAUAUAUAAUUUAAGAGAUAUAUUUAAAAUAUUUGAAGGAAUCAGUAAAGUAAAAGUAAUUGAUAAUCCAGUUCAUUUAUUUAAAUUAUGGGCUCAUGAAUGUUUGAGAGUAUUUAGUGAUAGACUAAUUGAUGAUGAAGAUCAAAAUAAAUUUGAUUAACUCAUUUAAGAUAGUUUAAGUAAAUUGAAUUUAGAAUCAUUUUCAAUAGAUAAUCUUAUUUUUUCUUCUUGUUUAAACAAACAAUAUGAAGAAGUUUAUGAUUUAUCUAAAUUAAGAGAAAAGUUAAAUAUGACUUUAGAUAAAUAUAAUACAUUAGAUUCAUAAGGAAGACUUUAAUUGAUUUUUUUUAAUAUGGCUAUCAUUCAUAUUAUAAGAAUUGUUAGAAUUCUAUCUAAUGUUUAUGGACAUGUUUUAAUGAUAGGUAUGGGUGGAACAGGCAGAUCAUCAUUAAGUAAAAUAGCAAAUUUCAUUGUAUUUAAUAAAUCCCUUAAAACAAUAGAUUCUAGAUCUUGGAAUGAAUAGUUAUUAAUUUAAUUAAAAGAAACAGGAUUAGAAAAUGAAUAAAAUACAAUAUUAUUUAAUGACUCUCAAUUUUAAUCAGAAUAUAUGUUAGAAGAUGUAUGUAAUUUAAUGAGUCAUGGUGAAGUAUCUCAUUUAUUUCCUCCUGAAGAAAGAAUUAAGAUUUAAGAAACAACAACUUAUAGUUAAUUUGUUAAAAGUUGUAAAUUAAAUAUACAUGUUAUUUUGUGUAUGUAACCUGUAGGUGGUCUAUAUAGAAAAAGAUUAAGAACAUUUCCAACAAUUAUUAAUUGUACAACUAUUGAUUGGUUUUCAACAUGGCCUUAAGAUGCUUUAGAAUCAACUGCUGAAUAAUUUUUACCUAGAUAACUUGUUAAGAUGGGUGUUGAAGUUCAUUAUAAAAUUAUUUAGAUUACUGAAAGAUUUAAAUAAGAAUUAAGAAGAUAUUUUUAUGUGACUCCAACUCAAUAUUUAUAGAUGCUUUAAACAUUUUAAAUAAUUUAAGAAUAAAAAAUGGGUUAAUCUAAAAUAUUUAUUGAAAAAUUUGAAAAUGGAGUUGAAUAAAUCAAAAAAGCUGAAAAUGAUGUAGAUAGAAUUAAAGCUAAAUUAUUUGAAUUACAACCAAAAUUAUAAAAAGCUAAUGAAGAGAAUACUCAAUUACUUAUUAAGAUUCAAAAACGAUAAGAAGAGGCUGAUAAGAAAAAGUAAGCUUGUGAAUUUGAAGAAAAGAUUUGUCAAUAAUAAAGUAAUGAAGCUAAUGAAUUGAGAAAUAGUUGUUAAUAAGCUUUAGAUAAUGUGUUACCUUUAUUAGCUUAGGCUACUGAAGCCUUAGAGAGAAUUACUAAGGAUGAUAUGAUAUUAUUGAAAUCAUUUACAAAUCCCCCAGUAUCAGCUGCUAUUGUUAUGGAAGGUUUAGCAUAUGCAUUUGAAGAAGAUCAUUUAGUAAAAAGUAAAAACAAAGAGCCUCCUGUCUUAUAAGAUUAUUGGGAUUAUGCCAAGAAAUGUUUAUUGAAUGAUAAAUUAAUAAAGAGAAUUAAAAGCUUAAAAUUAGAAUAGAUAAGAUAAAUAUCUUUUAAGAACAUUUAAAAAUUAUAAGUUUUUUCUAAAAAUCCUUUAUUUGAGAAAGAUAGAGUAUUUAAUGCAUCAAAGGCAGCAGGAAAUUUAGCACUUUGGAUUAGAGCAGUUUUGGAAUCUUAUAUGGCAGUUGAAAUAAUUGAACCAAAAAAGGCAGAGUUAAAAUAAGCAGAAGAAAAGUUGUAAUAGGCUGAAGAACUUGUUUAAGAAAAGAAAAAUGCUUUAGAUAUUGUUUUAGAAGAGUUACAUAACUAUUAAUUAGAAUAUAAUAGAGCAAAAGCUGAAAAAGAAAGAAUAGAGGAAUAAGUUAUAACUAUUAGUUCUUAAUUAUAAAGAGCAGAAUAAUUAAUUGCUAAUUUAAGUGAAGAAAAAUCUAGAUGGAAUUUAAAAGCAUAAUAAUAUAAAGAAAAUUAAAAGAAUAUUAUAGGUGAUUGCAUGCUUAAUUCAGCAAUUAUUGCUUAUUUAGGUGUAUUCCCAAUUUAAUAUAGAGAAAUUUGUUUAGAAUUUUGGAAAUCUAAAUUGUAGGAAUAUGAUAUCUAAAUCUCAACCAAUUAUUCAUUACAAAAUCAAUUGAGUGAUCCUGUAUAAAUUAAUAGAUGGCUUUAAUAAAAAUUGCCUAAUGAUUAAUUUAGUAUAGAUAAUGCUAUUAUUAUGAAAUAAUCAACAAGAUGGCCAUUAAUGAUAGAUCCAUAAUUAUAAGCAAAUGAGUGGAUUAAAAAUAUGGAAAAUUAAAAAAGUUUAAUUAUUUUUAAUGCAAUGUGGCCAAUAAAUUAAAUAUAAUUAUAAUUAUAACAUGCAAUUUAAAUUGGUUAUGCUGUUUUAUUAGAAAAUGCAGGAUAAACAUUGGAUCCAUUGUAUGAAUAAAUAUUACAAUUCAAUUAAUAAAGAGGAUAAAGGAAUUUAUAUAUUAAGUUUGGUGAUAAAAUGAUAGAAUAUUCUAGUGAUUUUAGAUUCUAUAUUACUACUAAAUUAUCUAAUCCUCAUUAUUAACCUUAAGUUUGUGUCGUAGUUACUAUGCUCAAUUUUCAAGUUACUUAAGAAGGUCUUAUAGAUUAAAUGUUGAAUAUAGUUGUUAAGAUUGAUGAACCUUUAAAGGAUGAAUAAAGGAAUAAAAAUAUAUCAUAAUAUGUUUUAAAUAAGAAUAAGUAAAUACAAACUGAAAAUCUAAUUUUAAAAUUGUUAUCUGAAGCUUCUGGAGAUUUAUUAGAAAAUGAAGUUCUAAUUAAGACUUUACAAUAAUCAAAAGAUGAUGCUUAUGAGAUUGAAUAAAGAUUAUAGAAAUUGGAACAUGAUUAAGUGUUAUUUAAUUAAAUUAAAUCAUUCUAUAAUUAAGUAGGUGAAUUAGUUACUAAUAUAUAUUUUAUUGUAAAUGAUUUAUCUAUAAUUGAACCAACUUAUGUAUGGUCAUUGGAAUUUUAUAUUUAGUAAUAUUAGAGAUCAAUAAAGGAAGCAUAAUUUGGUAAAUAGAGAAGAGUUUAAAAUAUCAUAGAUAAAUUUCUAUAACAUAUUUAUAUAACAAUAAAUCGAUCUUUAUUGGAUAAAGAUAAAUUUAUAUUUAGAUUUUUAUUUUGUUUAAAAGUGCUUAAAAUUCCAAUAGAAUAAAUUAGAACUUGUGUAAUAGGACCUUCUAUAACAUAAACUGAUUUAAAAAUGCCUACAAUUUAUGAUUGGUUGACACCUAAGAUGUGGCUAGGGUUAGUUGAUUUGAUGGAAAAGUACCCUAAUGAUUUUGGUUGGUUAAAUAAAGAUAUAGUUGAAAAUCAGUAAUUUUGGGAUAGUUAUUUUUAUAGUUAAUAAUCAUAUAAAAUAUAGAUACCAUAGAUUGUAAAUCAAUUCAAUUCUUUAAUGUUAAUAAAAAUUAUAAAACCUGAAUAAUUUAUUAAUAGUUUUAAUGAAUUAAUAAGAUAAUUAAUGGGAAAAUAAUUUUUGGAAAAUAUUCCAUUUACUUUUGAAUAAUUUUAUUAAGAAUCUACUCCUACAACACCAUUGUUAUGUUUAAUAUAGCCAGGUAGUGAUGCUAGAUAAGAAAUAAUAUCAUUGGCUGAUAAAUUAGGAUAUUAGGAUCAUAUCUAUAUAGUAUCUUUAGGAUAAGGUUAAAUAUAAUUGGCAUUAAAAUUGAUAAAGAAUGGUAUAAAUUAAGGUAAGUGGGUUUUAUUAUAGAAUUGUCAUGUUGCCUAAUCUUUUAUGCCAGAAUUAGAAUAAUUAUUUGAAAAUCAAUUUAAAAGUUAGAAUAUAAAUAAGGAAUUUAGAUUAUGGUUAACAAGUCAACCUACAAAUUUAUUUCCACAUAAUGUUUUAUUAAAAAGUAUAAAUUAUAUUAAAUAAUAUAUAGCUCUGAAAUUAACAUAUGAAUUACCAAGAGGUUUAAAGAAUAAUAUGUUAAGAUCAUAUUUUUAAUAAGAUUAAGAGAAAUUUGAAUAAUGUAAAAAAUAAGAAGAAUGGAAGAACUUAUUCUUUUCUUUAACUUUAUUUCAUGCAUGUAUUUUAGAAAGAAGAAAAUAUGGUCCAUUGGGAUGGAAUGUUAGUUAUAAUUUUUCAUAACAUGAUCUAGAAAUAUCAAAAGAAUAAAUUCUUUAUAUUUUAAAUCAUUAACAUGAUAUUUAAUGGGAUGCAUUAUAAUAUUUAGUUGCUGAAUCAAAUUAUGGUGGUAGAGUAACAGAUCCUUAAGAUAGAAAAUUGUUAAAUAUUUUAGUACAUGAAUUCUUAAAUGAAAAUACAGCAAAAGAAGGAUAUGUAUUUAGUGAUUAUGUUAAAAUACCAUAAUCAAAUAAUUUAAUGGGAUAUAUUAAUUAUAUUCAAACUUUGCCUAUUGAAGAUCCUCCAUAAUUAUUUGGUUUACAUUCAAAUGCAGAAAUAUAUUCUUCAAUUUUAUAAGUUGAUCAUAUUAGUUAAGAAAUCUUAUAAGUAUUACCAAGAGCUGUUGGAGCAUAAUAAAAUACUGAUAUAAUUGCCAAACAAAAAUGUUAAGAAAUAAUUGAUUUAUUACCUCAAUAAUUCAAUCUUAUAGAAUUGGAAUAAAAUUAUCCUAUUUUGUCACAAAAUUCAUUGAAUACAGUAUUAUAAUAAGAUGUUGGGAGAUAUAAUAAACUAUUACGUACAAUAAAUUCAUCUUUGUCUAAUCUUAUUAAAUAGAUAGAUGGAUAUAUUAAUAUGUCUGAUGAUUCCUAAGACAUACUUGGAAAUAUUAUGGAUAAUAAAGUACCAAAUGAAUGGUUGAAAAAUUCAUAUUAGACUACUAAACCAUUAGCAACAUAUAUCAAAGAUUUAUUAGAUAGAUUAUCCUUUAUUCGAAAAUGGAUCACUAAAGGAGAACCAAUAUCUUAUUGGUUAGGUGGUUUAUUCUUUAUACAAAGUUUUUUAACUGGUAUUCUUCAAAAUUAUGCCAGAAAACAUAAAAUACCUAUAGAUGAAGUGAAAUUUGACUAUGAAUUCUAUUAAAAUAAACCAAAAUCAAAGCCAGUGGAUGGGUUUUAUGUUGAAGGGAUAUAUAUUGAUGGUGCAAAAUUCGAUUUUAAAACUAAUUCUAUAGAAGAACCUGAAAAUCUUAUUCUUUAUUAUGAUGCUCCUAUUAUACAUUUCAAACCUACUUUAGAAUAAUAAAUUCUGUAACAUUAUGCAUGUCCAUUAUAUAAUACUGUAUAGAGAAAAGGAAAUCUAACAAGUACAGGUGGAUCAGCUAAUUUCAUUUGUAAUAUUAAAGUGCCAAUUAGAUAAUCUGAUAGUCAUUGGGCAAAGAGAGGAGUAGCAAUGAUUUUAUAAUUAAAUUGA